UUGAUUGUGUGUCACGCGUUUCCGGAGGUCCUGCUGCUUCGCUAUGAGUGAAAACGUAACCAUCCCGGUUUCGGUGAGCAGCGCAAGUGAGGCUGAAAAGCCGGAAAAGUGUGAAAACAUACGAAAACAAUGCAACCCAAACGAAGGUGUGGAGCAGAAUCGGAUCCUUGCGAUGUAUAAGGACGCUACGAUAUUGAUUACCGGUGGAACUGGAUUCCUGGGUAAAGUGUUGUUGGAGAAAACGUUGCGCUGUCUGAAUGUUAAGAAAAUAUUUCUUCUCAUCCGACGGAAAGACGGCCAAACUGCGCAGGAACGGCUGGUGAAAUUGCUGAAGGAUGCGAUUUUCGAGAAGGCACGCAGCAGCUAUCCAAACGAGCAGCAACUCUUCGGCAAGAUAGAAGCGGUGGAAAUUGAUCUCGACAGUGAAACUCUGUGCCAGGGGGAAAAGUUCUCCGAAAAUCGUCUUCUAGAGGAGACGGAGAUCGUGUUCAAUGUGCUCGCUUCGGUCAAAUUCAACGAGUCCAUCCGUAAUGCUCUGGUAACGAACGUAGCCGGUACCAGGAAGGUGCUCCUCUUGGCCGAGCACAUGGUGCGUCUGCGAGCCAUCGUACACGUGUCCACCCUCUACUCCAACUGCAACCGACCGGCGAUAGAGGAGAAGAUCUACGAUGACGUUCCGCUGAGGGAUGAUAUGCUGCUGCAGCUCUUAUCGACGAUGUGUGAGAAGGAAAUGGUCCAUUUCCAGCAUUGCUUUCUUGGAUCGAUGCCCAAUACAUACACUUUCAGCAAGAAAUGUGCCGAGGUUAUGAUCCAGAGACAAUUUUCCCAUCUGCCAAUCGGAAUAUUUCGACCGCCCAUAGUGAUUUCCACCUAUAAGGAACCAUUAGCGGGAUGGACGGAUAAUCUGAACGGCCCAUCCGGACUGUGCAUGUGGACUGUCAAGGGUUUCAUCCACACGAUUUGGGGAGAUGCUAGCAAAAAAGCAAACCUCGUUCCAGUUGACUGCUGCGUGAAUGCAAUGAUUGUGGCGGCAUACGACAUAGGCGCUAGAUAUCGCGAGCACCAAGAGAAAUUAGGCUUGAGCUUGACCUCCAAAAUGGAAACAGCGUUGAUAGAUGAUAAAAAUAGCGAACAUCGAACGCGCGGUGAUGACGUGGGUGGCUGUUCAGGGACGGCGACCGAUGGGAACCGACAGCUGGACGAAUGCACCUCACGCCAGUGGUCACUAGCCAUAUAUAAUUUUAUGUAUCCAGAGCAUAGCCUGACGUGGGGGCGGUACAUGGAAAUGGUGUCGCUCGGUUUUGAAAGUCGGCUGCAUCAGAUGGUGUGGAAUUACUCCUACAUAAUAACCUCGUAUCGGCCUGUGUUCCGGGUGCUCUCGUUUUGCUUACAUAUCGUACCAGUCACCCUCCUGGAUGUUGUUCGAAGAAUUCGCAGGAAAAAACCAUUCUACCGCAAGGCAAUGCGAAAAACGACACAGUUCCUGGAGAUGAUGUCGUACUUCGGACUGCGCGAGUGGACCAUCGCGAACGGGAAUGUGCGGAGGCUGCGGGGGUUGCUGUCGGGUGAGGAGGCGCGCCUGCUGGAGUUCGACAUGGCCACUAUCCGCUGGAGUGAAUACUUUCGAACGUACAUUCCCGGAAUCAGGCGGCACUGUUUCGAGGAACGCCUGGUGCGUGGCGACCGCUGGAGUCCAACAUUCAAUCGGAGAUUCCAUUUCAUCCAACGACUGCUGCAGAAGCUUAUCUGGAUAUGGAUUUGCGUACGGUUCACCCGGGUGACAUCCAAACUCGUGUUGAAGAAUUUGUUUGCCAUACUGAUUGCCUAAUGGAUCCUACAGCGCACCCCUCCCCUCCGUCCCGCUGCAGAACGACACCAUUUGCUGAUGAUUGGUGUUUACGAGUGCUGAAUGUUAAUAUGUUCAUGGGAAAAACAAAAUCCUAAUCGUCAGGGCGGCUCGUGUCACACAACGCCCCAGGUGUACACAUAGCUGUACACGUGCACUCCGGAUGAACUUUCCUUGGGUUUCUUUGUGAAUACUGCAGCAUUUACGAACUUUGUAAAAUGUUAAUUUUAAGAUCAUAAGAUGUGUGUACAGAGGAAACAAUAAUUUAUUGCUCAUUCCCAGAAUCUCUCAAUUUUGAACGUUGUUUGUUUAAUAUAUAAUAUUUAUAAGGAGAAGGCUGUCAUCACACGUGUCAACACGAGUCAAGCUUGAUAAUUUCAAUUCAUUUAUCUUUAUUCAUGCUGUCUGGUAUCACUGCAAAUAC